AAUCGCGAAUCGGGUUCCAGCUGCUAUUUAAAGCGCGGCGCGGUGUCGCUCAGUCCGCGGCGGCAAAUGGCGCUGCGCGGGAGAGUGGCUCUGGUGACGGGAGGAGUUCAGGGGAUCGGGAGAGCUGCAGCCGAGAGCCUGCUGGAGAACCAUGCCAAGGUUGCUCUGGUAGAUUUGAACCAGUCGGUUGGAGAGGAGUGUAAGAAAAAGUUAGAUGAUCAGUUUGGACAAGACAACUGCAUUUUCAUUCAGUGUGACGUGACGGACGGAGGAAAACUAGAAGAGGCAUUUAAGAGCACAGUGGAGAGAUUCGGAAGACUUGACAUCGUCAUCAACAAUGCAGGAAUCAACAACGAGAAGAACUGGGAGAAGACCAUCGAGGUGAAUCUGACGUCUGUUAUUAAAGGCACGUAUUUAGCCCUGGAGCACAUGAGUAAGGAGUACGGCAAGGAGGGCGGAGUCAUCAUUAACGUCUCCUCCAUGGCAGCAUUCCUUCAUUCCCCAUAUCAGCCGGUGUACACGGCCACCAAACACGGCGUGAUCGGCUUCUCCAGAUCACUUGCGGACGCAUCAGAACACUGCAAUUACGGCGUGAGGAUCAACGUCCUGUGUCCGGCCUUCGUGGACACGCAGCUCCUCCUCAGCGUCGAGCAUGAAGAAAACAUGGGCAAGUUCCACAAGUUCAAAGAUGACUUAAAGCAGAAGAUGGACAAGUACGGAGUUCUGAAGCCGUCUCUGAUCGCAGAGGGAAUGAUGCGCCUUAUAACGGAUGAGAGCCAGAACGGAGCCGUGAUGAAGAUCACCUGCUCUAAAGGGAUUCACUUCCACGUGUACGAGCCUCUGUCAGCCUGAACCAUCUCUAAACCCUCCACUCAGAUCAGAUCUCCUCAGCUCAGGGCUCUCACUCAGCAGCCUCAACAGCCGGGUCUUCACAAAUAUCAGAGCUCAGUCCAGAUGUGUCCGGGACUCCUCCAGAUGUGAGCUGUUACAUAUACAAGGGAUGGGUUAAGACACAUGUUAACAGGAAACAGCUUUCACAGCUUUCCUGUCACGUGUUUGUUAACACAGAGCAAAAUGUUAAGCAGGACAGUUUUAGAACUUCAUCAUGUUAGACGUUCAUCAGGUAUCAGGUCUGGUUUUCUUCCUCACUGCUGUUUGAUUGAUGCCAUAUUUGCUUUUAUGAUAUUUAUUAUCUGCCUUUCUGCUCCCAUCACUCGACACAACGCAAAUCCUUCUUCAUUUGCAUUUCCUUAACUUGUCGUGUUGCUAUUUACAAUACGGAAACAACUGUGUGCGAGUAAUAAGCGUAGUAUUUUGAGUUUUGAAAAUAAAACGAAACACAGAAGAAUAAAUAAAUAAACAAAAACAA